AUGGCCACUUCAUCUACACCACAUCCAACCAAUGAUCAAAUCCAUAAUGAACCUAUUGAAACCGAAUUGAAAGAAAACAAACAAUUUGAUGAAGAAAACUAUUCGCCGAGAGGCGGAGGAGGGUUUGGAGCUUCCCCAUCACGAUCCGAUACACAUCAUGAUAAUUCUAAUACAUCAGAAGAACAACAACAUCAAGAAUAUUUAGAAAAUCAAAAAUUUGGACCUUGUCUAUACUUUACCGGAAUAUCUAUUGUUUCGUUAUUAUUGGUAUCACUUAUAUUCAGCCCAGCUAUCUCUCUUUUACUGUUUACUGGAUUACUUCCUUGUCUACUGAUAUUUAUUGUUAUUUAUUGCUUAUUUAGGGAUAAAAUCAAUUUAGAGCUGAGUUUUCACGUUUUGUGGAGCGGUGCAGCUUCCGUAAUACCAGUCUUUAUUGUGGAGAUUGGAGUUUCCUUGCUGUUUAUGCUUUUUCUUUAUGGAGUUAAUGUUUUAUCAAUAGAUGAGAAGAAUAUUGUUGGAUCUAUAGAAAAGCAAGUAGACAACCUUUCAUUUAUUUGGAGAAUUGUUUUCGCCUUGUUUCAAUCCUUUGUAGUUUCUUCAUUCUUUGAAGAGGUGGCUAAAGUUUUAUUGGCACUAAAAACAAGCAGUGGAGGAAGCCUUUUCUCUCUGUGUUGUAAAUUAGGAGAUAAUUCACAAAGACUUUUCUAUGUUGACAAUUACCACCCAUUACCUCCGAUGCUCUAUAGCUCAUUAGCAGCCCUUGGACUCUCAACAAUUGAAAAUUUGGGAUACAUUCUAGUUGUUUCAGUGAGAGUGUAUUUUUUAACCGCUAAUAUGCCGUCACAAGAAUUGAUUAUUUUACAGUUUGGUGCAUUAACUGUGAUUGGUCGAAUUUUAUUAGCCCUUCCCUUGCACACCCUUACAGGUUGCUUAAUCGGAUUGAAAAUAGUUCAGUACAAGAUAAGAAUGGAAACUCAACACUUGACAGAAGUCCCAAUUUUCAUCAGUAGCAGAUAUCAAGAAAAUUCUAUGACAAUUUGGCGGAAAAUUUGGGUGAAUAUUGAGUUUUUUUGCUUUGUUAUUUAUCAACCCGUUUUGUUUCAUGGGUUGUAUGACUUUAUUUUGAUGAUUAAUUUACAUUUUGCUUUCAGUUUGGUGAUGUGUGUUGUUUUGGUCCUUGUUCUAUUUGCAGUUGUAGUGAUAAUGUACAGGCGUUUAGUCGUUCAAUGGAGGACCUGA